AUGAGCAAAGCAGCAGGAAGCCGGCUACUAUCAGCCCUCACACCUUCCAUCUGCGCGUCCUGCCGCGCAAAGCUCCUCCCGACACCCGCCUCCACCUCCCUCCUCCGACCCUUCUCCUCGACACCACGCCGACCGGCCAAUCCACCAUCCAGAGACAGCAGUGAGCUCCUCAGUUCCCUCGCCUCAGAGUUCAGCGCCUCCAGGCCCCAACCCCAGCGCAACCCCGCCCCCAACGCCUACACCACUACCGGCACCCGCAACACGACAGCCUACGACAUCGCGCAGAUCUACAGCGAAGACUUCUCUUCUUCCAUCGAGCCGCCUUCUGUGCUCCCCGCAGAAAAGCCGCCGCACCACCUCCACAUCUACGCGACAAAGCACAACACGCACAUCACGCUGACGCGGCCGGACCGCAACCCCAUCAUCUCGUUCAGCGCGGGCAACAUCGGGUUCCGCAAGGCGGGGAGGGGGAGCUAUGAUGCGGCGUACCAGCUCGCAGCGUUCUUUAUGAAGAAGAUUCAGGAUCAGGGGUUACUGAGGGAUAUCACGAGGUUGGAGGUUGCACUGAGGGGGUAUGGGCCGGGUAGGGAGGCGGUGACGAAGGUGCUGCUGGGGAGUGAGGGGAGGAUGAUUAGGGGGAAGGUGGUUAAGGUCACGGAUCAGACAAGGUUAAAAUUUGGAGGGACGAGGAGUCCGAAGCCGAGGAGGCUGGGUUGA